CCGCGUCUCCUUGGUCCGUGAAGGGCCUAGUCCCGCCCCUUCGAGCCGACGCCAGCAGCCACGUACCACGUUUCUACGUGUCUGGAGCCUAAAGGCGGAAGUUACGCCAGGGACUCGAGAGCUGAGCGGCGGACCUAAAAGAAUAUAGGCCGCAAGAGGAAAGGGGGCGGGCAGACGGCAUUGGAAGGCGCCGGAAGUGGUCGUGCUGAGGAGGGGUGGGAGAGGGGUGGGCCAGGCAGUUCACUUGGCUGUAGCUGGGCGCCUCGGUAAGGCGUACUUUCACUUCUUUCCGAGAGCCUGGCCCAGUGUCUCCGCCUCUGUCAACAUGGAUUUCAGGGAAAUUCUCCUGAUAGCUUCCAAAGGACAAGGUGUCAACAACGUGCCGAAAAGGUAUAGUUUGGCAGUGGGGCCUCCCAAAAAAGACCCAAAAGUCAAGGGUGUCCAAUCUGCAGCUGUUCAGGCUUUUCUCAGACGAAAAGAAGAGGAGCUCCGGCAAAAAGCUUUAGAGGAGAAAAGGAGAAAAGAAGAACUAGUGAAAAAGCGAAUUGAGCUAAAACAUGAUAAGAAGGCAAGAGCUAUGGCCAAGAGGACAAAGGAUAAUUUCCAUGGUUACAACGGGAUUCCCGUUGAGGAAAAGUCAAAGAAGAGGCAGGUGAUGGAAAGCCACACUAGCCAGGGAACAGAACAAGAGUAUGGGAUGGAAGAAGAUGAUGAAUUCUUAGAGUACAAUCAAGCAGAGUCAGAGCAGGAGUAUGAGGAGGAGCAAGAACCUCCCAAAGUUGAAAGCAAACCAAAGGUCCCCCUUAAAAGUGCCCCGCCACUCAUGAACUUCACUGAUCUACUCAGGCUGGCCGAGAAAAAGCAGUAUGAACCAGUGGAGAUCAAGGUAGUGAAGAAAACAGAAGAGCGGCCUAUGACUGCAGAAGAACUUAGGGAGCGAGAAUUCCUUGAACGGAAACAGAGGAAAAAGAGAGCUGAGACAGAUGCAAGACUACCUCCAGCCAAAAAGGCACCUUCUCAGAAAGAAAGUGUGGGCACAAAACUUGGCAAGCACCCUUCCUCCAGGGGUACACCCCUCCCUCAUGCUGAGAAGAAAUCCAGACCCAGUACAGCCAAUGAAAAACACUUAAGUGUGUCUUCAUCCAAAUCCAUGCCAGGAGAGAGGACCAAAGCAGGAUCUGGCAAUUGCUCCCAGCCCUUACUUCGAGAGGGCCAUGACAGACCUGUUUUCAAUGGGGCUGGAAAGCCCCACUCCAGCACCUAUUCACCAAGUGUCCCAAAGACUUCUGCUAAAGGUCCUCAGAAAUCUGCUACUGAGCACAAAGCCAAAAAAUCUCCUCCCCAUCCUAGCCAUUCCAGGCCUGGGCCUGUGGUUACCCCACAGAAUAAAGCCAAGAGUCCAGGUGUCGUCAGGCAGCCAGGCAGCAGCUCCAGCUCAGCUCCCGGGCGGCCCAGCACAGGGACUGCUCGGCCCACAGUUAGUUCUGGCCCUAUGCCCAGGCGCCAGAAUGGCAGCUCCAGCUCAGGACCUGAGCGAUCAGUCAGUGGGACCAAGAGGCCAGCCAGUGACUUAAAUCUCUCUGGACGGACACUCAGUGGUACAAGUGGCCCUGGGCAUCCUGCAAAUAGCUCAAGUGGACCUGGACGACCCACCACUGGCUCAGGUGAUUCUAGGAAGUCUUUGGGCAGCUCUGGUGGCCCUGGGCGGCCUGUGAGCAGUCCGCAUGACCUCCGACGACCAGUGAGUGGCUCUGGCCCCCCUGGGCGGCCAGUCAGUGGCCCUGGGCGGCCAGUCAGUGGCUCAGUUCCAGCCGGACGGACGGUCAGUAGUUCAGGCCCUGGAAGACCAGUGAGCAGCUUGGGACCUGGGCGAACAGUUAGUAGCUCUGGUCUCCCCCUAAAACCCAAGUGUACCGUUGUCUCAGAAACAAUUUCUUCCAAGAAUAUAAUUAGCCGAUCCAGCAAUGGACAGAUGAAUGGAAUGAAGGCUUCCUUAUCUGGCUACAGAUCUGCCCAAGGUCCUCAAAGGCUUCCCUUCCCUAGUGGUUACAAAAGGCAACGAGAAUACGAAGAGGAGGAAGAUGAUGAUGAAUAUGACUCUGAAAUGGAAGAUUUUAUCGAAGAUGAAGGAGAACCUCAGGAAGAAAUAUCCAAGCACAUUCGAGAAAUCUUUGGCUAUGACCGAAAAAAAUACAAAGAUGAAAGUGAUUAUGCCUUACGUUACAUGGAGAGUAGUUGGAAAGAGCAGCAGAAGGAAGAAGCAAAGAGUUUAAGACUAGGUAUGCAGGAGGACUUAGAGGAAAUGAGACGUGAAGAAGAAGAAAUGAAGCGUCGAAAGGCUAAGAAGCUGAAGAAGCGUUAGCUGCUGCUUUUAUUAUUUUUGUGAAAUUCUGGAGACACUCUGCUGCCAGGAGGUCCUGCCUUCAGAAUGAAGAAGCCCCUUUAUGAUUUUAAUUUAUACUUGGGUACUCAAGGAGAAGGAAUGCAUACUGUUAUUUGGAGGCUGUCAUUGGAGCAUAAAGUAUUUUCAGAUACUUUCCAGGGUUAAACCUAAGGCAGAUGAUAGAAUGCCCAGUGAGCGUGCUUAUGAAGUUAACUGUUCACAGGUGCCCGCCUUGAUCCUGAUGAGCUAUGCACUCUAACGGGGGCCGCUCACUGUCAGCCAAUCUUACAUUGUUCCUUUGCUAGUUUGAAAAGGAAAAAAAAAAAAAAAAAGGAUUGCCUCUUCAUGUUCUGCUGAUGUGUGAGUAGAGCACUGCCCAGCUCCCAAUCAAACUUUGUCUUUUAAUGAGGAACCUGGCCCUUCCAUGAAUGUUGCCAGCAAUAAAGUGACCUGUCCUAAUGUAUAUGUUUGGAUUGAGAACUUGAAAAUGUAGAGUAGGCUCUAUAAUUAUCGUAUGGAUGUCAUCUCUGUGACUUUGAAGUAAAAAGUAGAAUAAAUUAUAUCGUAUUUUACAUUAUUCAUGGAUUGGAUGCCGAGCAUUCUUAUUUACUAAUUUAGGUGGUAAGGCAAUUAACAAAUUUUUUUUUUCCAGUUAAAAUACAAGUUAUGCCAUUUAGUUUAAAAAUAAUCUGUUUCCAGGUUUUCCUUUCAAAUUUACGUUGGCUUUAGCGUAAAAUAGACAAGGUCACUGUGCUGAUUGAUUUUUAUCUAAGAAAAGUCAUUUUUAUACUGAAGAAAAAUGCUUAUUUUAUUCAAACAUUAGAUUUGGAAGAGUAAUAGUUUAAAAAAUAAGGAAGUGACAUGUGAGACUCCCCUCCUCCCUCUCUAUAAAGAUAUUUUGGAAAAAGGUGCCCCUGUACCUCUUGAUGUUAACGACUGCAUUUUAUCUUAAAUUCUUUAGCAAUUAAUGCCAAAAGCCAAAAACUAAAUUCACGUGUAUUGAGAGCACCACCUUCUCUUUUUGCCCAUAUUGCACUUUUAUUUCAAACUAUGCACUGUGAAGAGAUUUUUUUCCCAGGUAGAAAAGGACGUUCCCUGCUACUGGUGCUUUACCGGGCUGUGGAACUUUCUUCAUUCUCACUUUUUUCCAAGUCCUAUUUUUACACUUGAGAUCUCUUAAGCCUCAAACCCAGGCAAUUCCAAUCAGGCUGACCUAGGUUCUGGCUGGAGAGAAGCCAAGUCUCAAGGAAAAGUCAGCAACAGAAAAUGAGAUAUGAUGACGCUAGAGAGCUUUUGUCCUUAAUUCUAAAUAUGGAGGAUUGGGGACAGUGGGACAUAAGCUUGAAGAACAGUUCCAAAAGUUGUUUUGGUGUAUUCCUUUUUAUCCAUAAAGCUUUCUUUAUUCUCCAAGUUUGGGUGGUAUACAUUACUGUUGUUACCUCCCUUAAUGGGACAACCAUUUGACCUAGUCCCUUAAGACUGACUCAUUUCGAAUUGAGUUUCACAUUUCGAAAGUGCAAGCAUUUAACUUUGAAGCUGGAUCCUCUGAAAGAGGUCUUCAUCACCAGGAGUAACACUCUAAUGAUCUACAUAGAAUUGUCACACUGGCAGAAAAUCCUGUUGACUGCCUCUAACCCAUCUCAAAAUAUCUUCAGUGAAAUUGAUUUAAGGGUAGUGUGGUGUUCCACGUAAUAAAACAGGUUUGGAACAUUAUUUCCUUUGCUGUCACUUUUGUGCUUCCUCCCGCCCCACCCCUACAAAAGUUGUUUUCUGGGCUAUAUUUUUUCAGUAUUUAGACUCUUUGAAAAUCUAUUACAAUCAAGUGCUUAUCAUAGCUGAAAGAUUUCUGGUGGCUUAACGUUUACUAGCACUUUACUCGACGUGCAGUUAUUUGUACAGAAAGGCACCACUGUGCUAGAUAAAAGUUCUAGAACUUCAUAGGAAGAGUAAGGUCGUGUCCUUAGGCAUCUACCACUUUUGAGUGCAUUUCUUCUACAGAUGUUGAUUAUAUUAUUCCUCGGCAUCAACAUUAUAAAAGGGCACUUCUGUAGCUCAUUUAAAAAGAAAGUCCUGAGAAAGUCUUUUAAAUUAAUCUUGGCCUUGUUUCCAAAUCCUGUCUUCCGUUUUGUUCUGCGAUUCCUGACGGCUCUUACAAAAAGCUCACAAACCUUUGAAGAAACUGGAAUAAGCUGUUAUUUUAUAAAGGUUUACAAAUUAAGUGCUUGGUUUUUAAUGUAUCCUCUACUGUUUUGAUUUUCAGAUUUUAUUAAUUCAAUAUCUGAAGAUGUGCCUUUUAUUGGGUAAUGUUAAUUCACGAAUGUAGUAAUGUUAUUUCACGAUUGUAAUGUUACAUGAUCAUGGGUGUGGCAUUCUCUAACAGAUGAUGUGAAAAGAAAGUAGUUUUCAUAAAACUCAUAUGGCUCUGAUUGCACAGUCCCACUUGCUUUUGAUAUUGCUAUGUCAAAGCAAGGGGCACUCUUCUUUUAAGGCUACUUUCAAAAACUUGUCUUUGUAUUUUCUCUAAACUAUAAAUGCAAUUACGUCCAUUUGGAGGCCAGGGUACCACAUGUCACAGACAGCCUUACAUGUGUGCCAUGAGAAGGUUCAAAGACUGUUAACAAAAAAGAAAGUCUAUGGGAACUCGAAAUAUCAUUUUUUUAAUGUUACCCCAAGAUUUUCUCCAAGAAAUUACCGUUUUUGUAUUUUGUAACUUAAAAGCAGCUAUUAGUACAUUUCUGAGAUAUAGCAGGAGACCAAAACAUGUUUGGAAAGAGAAUAAAUAUAUGAAGAGAAACUGGUUGGUUUAUUUUCAAUGUGCUGAAUAUAUUAGACUACUAUUUAUUUUGUGAGUGGAUGUGAUAAAAUAAAUAUUCAGGUGUUUAGUGUAUGAUUAAGAGUGGGAUAUAGAUUUCUUUGAAGUUAUUAAAUCCAUCAUGUCUUUUACAUAAUGGACAAAUCAAGUUUAAAAAAAAAAAAAAACAUUUACAUAGUUUAGCUUGUUUUCUGGUGCUGUUGACCUGCAAGAGAAUCUACUUUUGCAUAUACAGGUGAAAGUUUUGCAAUUUAUGUAUAAAAAGAAAUUGUAGGCAUUAAAAAUAUUUUAUUGAUAUUUUCA